GCGUGCGCGUCCUGCAUUCUGGAAAUACGCAUUGUUUUUCGUGCUAGACGCUUAGGGUGGCCACCUGGCCCCGUAAUUCCAGAACACUUUGGGACGGGAGAGGGUUUUUAUAAAAAGGUCCUUACAUACCCUUUAAUGCAGAGUGUUACUGAUAUAACGGACGCCUUCAAUAAGGAAUGUGUGCGUGUUCAAGAUUGCAUCCUGGGUUUCAACAUAAUGAAGAGGCCCCAGUAAGCAUGCCUGCAUGUUUCCAGCGCCCUCUGUCUGUCCCUCACCAUGUGUUUUAUCUUGUGACAGUGCUCCAGUACCCGUGAGUACAGGACAGUCCUGUCCCAGAUUCCAGUCCUGAGUGAACGCUUGUCUGGUUGAUGAUGAGUCCGAGGCUGCUCCUGUGUGAGAAGCUUGCAAAGCGGUGUGCCGUUCAAGUGCUCCGAAUGACAGCGGACCUGCAGCCACUGCCUGUGUCCUGGGGCUCCAAACGCUGCUCCUCCAGGGGGUUCUGCAGCCCGCCCCCUCCCUGGCAGUUUGGUAGUGGAGAGCCCCACGGGGCCCCCUGCGUCCCCCCAGCCAGGCCCCUGGGGGCAGACGAGUGCGUGUCACUCUGGGAACAGCUGUUCUGUGAAAGAGCGGUCUCAGAGCCCAGGCUGUCCAGUGAAUACAUCGUGGCUCACGUCCUCGGAGCCAAGACUAUACAGCGGGUGUGGGAGCCGGCAGGCAGGAGCAGUCCCUCACAGAGACACAGAUACAGCGGGUGUGGGAGCCGGCAGGCAGGAGCAGUCCCUCACAGAGACACAGAUACAGCGGGUGUGGGAGCCGGCAGGCAGGAGCAGUCCCUCACAGAGACACAGAUACAGCGGGUGUGGGAGCCGGCAGGCAGGAGCAGUCCCUCACAGAGACACAGAUACAGCGGGUGUGGGAGCCGGCAGGCAGGAGCAGUCCCUCACAGAGACACAGAUACAGCGGGUGUGGGAGCCGGCAGGCAGGAGCAGUCCCUCACAGAGACACAGAUACAGCGGGUGUGGGAGCCGGCAGGCAGGAGCAGUCCCUCACAGAGACACAGAUACAGCGGGUGUGGGAGCUGUGUUCACUCACUAAAGCACUUUACUUACGUGAUUGAGGAGUGGGAUUUCUGGGACCUGACGUUAAAGAUGAGGCCCCCUGUCUUCAUCCCCAGAUCGGAAACAGAGGAGCUUGUGGGCCUGGUGAUGGAGGAGCUCCGGACGAGAGGCCCAGCGCAGGAUUCUCCGGGCCAGCCUGCGGUUCCUGGAGGUGGGCUGUGGGUCAGGAGCCGUGACCCUCAGCCUGCUGAGCCACUGUCCGCAGGUGGGAAUCAGACAGAGAAGUACGAGCUGGACCCAGUCGAUUCAGUGAAGUGA